AGAAACCCUUCUUCUUCUUCUUCUCUCUCCACUGCCAGCGCUCGCGCCUCUUCGAGAUUCUCAUCCACCGCCGCGCCUCCAUCGACGUCGUCCAAGCCCUAGAUUCCGUUGCCGGAGCUGCGGAGGCUUUUCGGAUUUCGAAAUCGUGAGAGUUUCGAAAUCCGUUUAUUUCUCGUUGCUCUUUGCGGCUAAUCGAUUUGCUUCCAGGGCUGUUUGUAGGUGAGAUUGAGGAUGGCAGCGGCGUUAGUAGCUCAGCAACUUGUUACUGCUAGUGUUGUUGGGAACGCAUUUGUGACGCAGUAUUAUCACAUUCUGCAUCUAUCGCCGGGGCAUACUCAUCGAUUUUAUCAGGACAUAAGUAUGCUUGGUCGUCAAGAGGAGGAUGGCACCAUGACCAUCACCACCACUAUGGAAGCCAUCAAUGCGAAGAUUCUUUCCCUGAACAAUAAUAUGUUCAAAGCAGAGAUUAAAUCAGUAGAUUCUCAAGAGUCCUUUAGUGGUGGAGUUCAUGUUCUUGUGACUGGCUGUAUGAGGGCGGAGGACAACUCAUGCUACACUUUUGUGCAGUCAUUUUUCCUUGCCCCGCAGGACAAGGGUUACUUUGUUUUGAAUGAUACGUUUCGGUAUUUGGAUAGUGUCCCUGCGAACCCAGCUGUGGUCAAUGACGUUGUGGUGCCUGCCUCUACUGAGCUAGUAUCUGCCGUCCCAGCAACAAUUGUGGAGAAUCAUGUCCCUGUCAACGAGGAUAGCGCACCUCCUGUGGGAGAAGCUGUGGCAGGAGAAGUAUCUGCUGUCCCAGCAACAAUUGUUGAGGAAGAAAUCUCGGUGGCUGAGGUCGUUGAUGAAGUUGAAGACGAUGCCCAAAAGAUUGUUGAAUCUAGUGCCAAAAUUGAAGAAUUGCCAAAGAAAUCUUAUGCCUCUAUUGUAAGUAGGACACAGGGAAAUGUUGCAUCUUCCCCACCUCCACAAGUGACUCCUCGAAAAGCUCCACCAAUGAGUGUAGAGCCAGUGCAUCCACCUUCUGCCCCAGCAACUGUUGGACCUGUUUCUGGUUCGGAAGUUGUUGAUAAUGGAAAUAACCCAGAUGGUGAAGCUGAUGGUUACUCAAUAUACAUAAGGGGUCUCCCUAUGAAUGCUACCGAGAGCUUACUUGAGGAAGUAUUCAAGAAAUUCGGUACUAUCAAGCCCGAUGGAAUUCAAGUCAGGAGCAACAGACAUCAAGCCUUUUGUUUUGGCUUUGUGGAAUUUGAGGAUGCAAGUUCUGUAGAAAAAGCUCUCGAGGCUUCUCCCGUGACAAUUGGUGCACGGAAAGCAUUUGUUGAGGAGAAGAGGUCUACUAACACUCGAGGAAAUCCCAAGGGGAGAUUUCAACCAGGAAGAGGUUCUGGUGGAUUCAGAAAUGAAGGAGUAAGAGGACGUGGGAACUACGGAGGUGGGAGGGGAUACGGGAGGGGUGAUUUCAAUGGAAGGGGUGGUGAGUUCGGUGGCAGGGGUGGCAGGUCCUCAAAUCGCGAUGGAUAUCAGAGGUCUGAAAACAUGAGCAACAAUGGUGGCAGUCACAUGAACCGCACUGGUGGCUUCCCAAACGGCAACACAAAUAGUGUCGCUGUCGCUCCUCGGGUUUCUGCUACUGCUUGAGCGAUGAAGGUAGGUAGUCAGUGUGUGGCUUCAACUAGGUGGAUUUAAUUUAGUUUUUAUUCAAAUCCGUAGGGAAUUUUUACAUCAUCAAAAAUCAAAAUUAAUUUUGUCGAACAGCUUAGUCCCUAUUUUGCCGGUUUUGUUCUCAGUUUUUGCAUUCUUGGGUACAGUUUUUUAUGAGUAGGAUGAGGUUUAGUUUUUUUUUUGAAUUAGCAUUAAAAAUAUUUUGUACUGGGCUCAUUUAUUGGAAUGAAAUUCAGUUUCCCAUUUAUUUGUUGCU